AUGUUGGCCUUCUUGAACGCUCACAUCUUGGCUAUCGUCUUCGGCCUCUUAGGUAAUAUAAUAUCGUUUCUCGUGUUCUUGGCCCCACUGCCAACAUUCUACAAGAUUUACAGAAAGAAAUCAUCAGAAGGGUAUCAAGCGAUACCGUACAUAGUCGCUCUCUUCAGUGCGGCAUUAUUGUUGUACUAUGCUUUUCUUAAGACGAAUGCAUACAUGAUCGUCUGUAUCAAUGGCAUCGGAUGCCUUAUUGAGAUAGCUUACCUCUCAGUGUACCUCUUUUAUGCCCCCAAAAGAACCAAGAUAUCUACAAUAAAAUUUAUAUCAGUAUUCAACAUCGGUGGACUUGGUACAGUGUUGGUGUUGUCGCUUGUCUUGGUGAAAGGCCCGAAAAGAGUUGAACUUGUAGGGUGGACUUGUGCCGUUAUCAAUCUCGCUGUGUUUGCCGCUCCUCUAAGCAUCAUGAGGAAAGUGAUACGAACGAAAAGUGUCGAGUACAUGCCAUUCAUGCUCUCUUUCUCACUCACUCUAUGUGCCAUCUCGUGGUUCUUCUAUGGCUUCUUCGUAAACGACUACUACAUAGCAGUGCCAAAUGUUGCUGGAUUUUUAUUCGGGAUCACUCAAAUGGUUCUCUAUUGUGUAUACAAGGAUUCCAAGAAGCAAUCUGGUUCGGAUUCGGUCGAGAAACCGAAUAAAACUGGCACCGAUCGAGAAAACCUCGAGGUGGAAGUGGUGGUUUCCGACGGCCAUCGACAUUAA